AUGGCGUCAGCCUUGGACGAGGAUGAAAUCUGCAAAGAUGAUUUUUAUUCGCUGCUGAAUGUGCGGAGAGAGGCCACACAAGAUGAACUGAAGGCAUCAUACAGGCGAUUAUGCAUGUUGUAUCACCCAGAUAAGCACAGAGACCCGGAGCUGAAGACACAGGCAGAGCAACUUUUCAAUCUUGUGCACGAGGCCUAUGAAGUGCUUAGUGACCCACAAUCCAGAGCAAUCUAUGACGUCUAUGGAAAACGAGGACUGGACGUGGACGGAUGGGAGGUGGUGGAGAGGAAAAGGACUCCUGCUGAGAUCCGGGAGGAGUAUGAGCGUCUCCAGGUGGAGCGAGAGGAGAGACGGCUUCAGCAGAGGACCAACCCCAAGGGAACCAUUAGCGUUGGUAUGGACGCCACGGACCUCUUUGACCGUUAUGAAGAAGACUUUGAGGACGUCGGGGGAUUCCCACAUGUGGAAAUCAAUAAAAUGCACAUAUCACAAUCCAUAGAGGCCCCUUUAACUAUAAAAGAUACAGCUAUUCUUUCUGGCUCUUUGUCAACCCACAAUGGCAAUGGAAGUGGCACUAUUAACCUGGCCCUGAGGAAAGUGACCUCCACAAAGGGAUGGGGAGAGUUGGAAUUUGGAGCUGGUGACACACACGGACCUCUUUUUGGCAUGAAGAUUUUUAGAAACUUGACACCGCGCUGCUUUGUAACGGCUCAGUGCGGGCUGCAGUUCUCAUCCCGAGGAGCGCGGCCUGGCGUCACCACAGUCCUGGCGCGUCACUUGGACAAAAACACAAUGGGAUAUCUGCAGUGGCGCUGGGGCAUACAGUCCUCUAUGAACACCAGCAUUGUGCGGGACACCAAAAGCAGCCACUUCACUCUUGCCGUGCAGCUGGGUGUUCCUCACACUUUUAUGAUGAUGAGCUAUCAGUACAAGUUCCAGGAUGAUGACCAGACAAAGUUAAAGGGCUCAGUCAAGUCUGGCUUCUUUGGAACUGUGGUGGAGUACGGCGCUGAGAGGAAGAUCAGUCGACACAGUGUCUUGGGGGCAACUGUCAGCAUCGGAGUGCCUCAAGGCGUCUCCCUCAAAAUCAAACUCAACAGAGCGAGCCAAACAUACUUCUUCCCAAUUCACCUGACGGACCAGCUGCUGCCGAGUGCCAUUUUCUAUGCCACAGUCGGACCGCUAGUUUUCUAUGUCGCUAUCCAGCAUCUGGUUAUUCGGCCCUACAUGCGGGCUCAAAAAGAACAAGACUUGGAGAAACAGCGGGAGAGUUCAGCCUCCAACAUUGCCAAGAAGAAACAGGAGGCGGAAGCAGCUGUUUUGCUCAUGCAGGAGUCUGUUCGCAGAAUCAUUGAGGCAGAGGAAGCAAGGAUGGGUCUCAUCAUCCUCAACGCCUGGUAUGGAAAGUUCGUCACAGACAACAGCAGAAGAAACGAGAAGGCAAAAGUCAUAGACGUCACUGUGCCAUUACAGUGUCUAGUGAAAGAUUCCAAACUUAUCCUCACAGAAACCUCAAAGUCUGGCCUGCCGGGCUUCUACGACCCGUGCGUGGGGGAGGAGAAGAGCCUCAAGGUGCUGUAUCAGUUCAGAGGAGUCAUGCAUCAAGUUCUGUCCGGAGACACAGAACCACUCAGGAUACCAAAACAAUCUCACAGGAUCGAUGAGAGCAGGAGCCGAAAGAGGACAGUCAUGGGUCAAGCAUCCAGCAGCCUAUCCCCAGUCCGGUCACCCAAAGAUCCUGCUAUCUCUGUGUGUUGUGUUCCUUUGGAGGUGGUGGAGGAGAUCUUCCACAAUCUACCUUAUGGUCAUGUGAUACGUCAUUGUCGUGUGGUGUGUAAAGAGUGGAAAGAAUUGGUUGACAGUGAGUCUCUGUGGAGGGAGCGCUGUAGAAGAGAGGGACUGCUGCCCUGUGUCAAGACCCCUGACGACUGGAGACUUUAUUAUGUCAUGUGCAGAAAGAGAAGAAAUUUACUGAAGAAUACUCGAGCAGAAGAGAGUCUUAAGUUUUGGAAAAUUGUAUCAAAUGGAGGCGACAAGUGGUUGGCUGAGAAGAUCAUAUGGGCUCAUCCUAAACCUGAAGUUAAGGACAACUUUGUUACCUCCUAUGGCAUGUGCCUGAAGGCCCAGACGAUCGAUUUGGAAUCUGAAGGAUAUAAUUCUUCAUUUAUGGACCAGUUUCAACCACCUAUCAAAAUAACGGACUGGUAUGCAUCGCGUUGUGACUGCAUGUAUAAAAUUGAAGUGAUGUUGCUCACCCAGGAUAAAAAGUGUGUACAGAAGUUUGCUCCACAGAUUGUUUAUCUCAAAGAGCAGGAUAAUCACCAGUGGUUUUCUGUGACACAUGUAUUCAGGAACUAUGGUCCAGGAGUGAGAUACAUUCACUUUUUACAUGGAGGCAAAGACGAAAUAUUCUGGGCGGGAUGGUAUGGAGUCCGGGUGACUGACUCCUGUGUGGAAGUCUGUCCUGAAGACCAAUGA